AUGGGCUACAUGGGUAAAGCAGAAGGGAUUCCUGCCGUGCCUUGUUCCAAAGUUAUAACAAAAAAUAUUACCAUCCAGUCAAUUCAAGAACUGUCCGAAGUCUUGCGAAGACCACCUGUCAUAUGGGACAAUCUUCAUGCCAAUGAUUAUGAUCAGAAAAGGCUGUUUUUAGGACCAUAUAGUGGACGAUCCACAGACCUUAUUCCUCAGUUACAUGGUGUACUGACCAAUCCAAACUGUGAAUAUGAAACAAAUUUUAUAGCCAUUCACACGCUUUCUGAAUGGAGGAAAUGUAAUAGAGAUGGAAAAAUAGAUCUGAGUUUAAAGUUGAAACCACAGAAAACAUCAUCGACGUAUCUCAACCAAUUGAAGGGUGAUUCAGUUACUGCAGAUAUCAAACUGGAAACAGAAAGUGAGAAUGGUUCAGUAGAAGAUAUUCCUACCCCUUUAGCUCCAAAUACUUACCAUCCAAAGCAGGCAUUGAAGGCAGCUUUAAAAAACUGGCUACCAGAAUUUUACAAAUCUAAAAAUGCUUAUGGUAAAAUAGUUCCUGGUCCAUUUGUACCAGCACCAGUACCAUCUUGCCCACCAUGUCCUCCUCCUCCAGCACUUGUCACACCUUCUAUUCCUGUCCCAGUCAUAAACACCUGUGUAGGUGUCACCAUGACCACAAGUGCCCCAUGCACACAGGUUAUAACAGGUAGUACUUCUUUAAUUGAGACUGGUUCAGGCUUCCAACCAAUUACUAAUCAACUAAUAAACAGCCUGGUUCCUCUUGAUGACCAACAAGGUCUUCCAUUGGAGCCAAUGGACUGUAAUGCUUCAUCAGAAUCAUCACCUAGCCAUAAAGCAGAUGGUGAGAUGGAACAAUUAUCAUCAGCUCAAACCCAAAGCAAAGGCUCAACAUCUAGUCUCUCUGAAGACACAGAGAAAACUCCAGACACUUCAGAAGACAUGCAAACUGAACCUACAAAUACUGAUGAAGACAGUGAAGUUUUAUCUAAACAACUGACUCUUGAUGACAUUUCUUUAUUGGUAGAUUUGUUUUAUCUUCCAUUUGAACAUGGAAGUCAAGGACUGCACCUUUUACAAGAAUUUCAUUGGUUAAAAACAAAUGGACAUAAAAUAUAUGAACACAAAAAAAACAGAAAAGAAGAACCAGAUAUACAAGAGUGGUACAACCGUGCUACUACAUUUGAUGAUAUGGCCAAAGCUCUCGAUAUGCUGCUGAUUCGUUUGACCUAUGUUCCCAAUAGAUCUCUACUGUAUGACCUUUAUCCAUACAUUUGGGAUAUUAAAGGAGUUGUCUCUCUGCUGAAUUCUUAUCUAAAAUGGUUGGCUCUUGGCCGGGUGCCUCCUGCAGUGUCAAGUUUGAUUACACCAUCAUUCACAUGGUUCUCCAAGGGUUAUAAGGAAUCUUUCACUAGUGGUGAACAAGAACCUUGGUUGUUUCGUGGUGGUCUCACAGCAGAACUACAACGCUUAUUACCACUUGAAAGCGUGAGCGAUCUGUUCCUUUACAAAGCACCUGAUACACCAAGUGAUAAAGUAUACACCAUUCGUCCUUACCUAUCAAGUGAUGAGGCUGCUAUAUUUGAAGUAUGUCGUAAAACUUGUGAUGAUGGUCUUGAUGGAAGCGAUGUGUUUCCUGAUUACCCAGAUCUCAUUGGAGACAAGUUGGUGGGUCCUUUCCUUUCUAUCUCACCAGAAUACUGUUUUAUUGUGGAGGAUGAGAAUGGAAUCUGUGGCUAUGCCUUAGCUUCCCUUGAUGCUCGACAGUUUCAUAAGAAGACUGAAACAUUUUGGAUCCCUAAACUUUGUGUCAAGUAUCCUGCUUCAGAGAAGAAGAGUGGAGAUAUGCUUACUCCGGCAGAGGAAAUAAUUAGCAGCUUUCACAACUUCAAGUUGAGCACUCCUGAAGAUGUGUACAAGAACCACCCUUCUACUCUGAAAGUCACACUUAUGCCAUCUGUGCUGGACACGAGCAUACCCAAACGUCUUCUUGCAUGUAUUUUUUCGGCAUUAAAAGCCAAUGGUUCUCAUGGAGUAUUCUGUGAAGUGACAGUUGGUGAUAAAAACAUUGUAGAUUUUUAUUCCAAACUUGGGUUUACAGAAAUCACCCUUCCAGAACACAGCUGUGAGGACAGUAUAUUUCUUGGAAGGACAUUUUAAAAAGAUAGCUGAUAGUACUUUUUCAUACAAUUUUUUUAUUAUUUCCUGAUUCAGUGUUAGAACUUUUUUCUGCCAAGCAUAAGUAUUGUAUUGUAGGAAAACACAGACUAACUAUGUUCUUAAUUUUUCUUUCAUCACUUUGUAACUUAAGUUCAUGAUGAUUUGAAUAAAAAAUUUUGUAAUGAAAAAAAUUA